UAUCAGUCAAAGAUAUGAAUUUGUUUCUUAUAAAGAGACGUAGAAAUGUCGCAUCAUCAUAACAGUUUUAUAAAGCAAUGAAAUAUGUAUUUAAUUACAUUAACAAUCUUCGGAGUUCUUGAGUUAUCAAUAGGUCUUCCAUUAGAAAAUUCUCAAGAUCAAAAUUCAAGAAUAGUUAAUAAUGAAACGGAAGCUUUUGCAAUACCCAAUGAUGGUUCUCAAGUGCAAAAUCUGUACAACCCUCAAGAUUUCUACCAAGCACCACGUAUAAUCAGAAGCAUGGAAGAAUCAUCAAAUCCUGAAGACUUUGGACAAAUGGAUACUGGAUUAAGUCAUGAAGAAUCUUUAAGAACCCUUGAGCAAGGAUUAAGAAUAGUAGGAGGUGAAUAUGCUUCAGAAGACGAAGCAAGACAUAUGGUAGGAUUAAUAUUUGGUGAAUAUCUAAAGGUCUUUUUAUGCGGAGGAUCUUUAAUAUCACAAAAGACAGUAUUAACAGCCGCGCAUUGUAUAGACGAAGUAGUGUGGUUUGGUCAGCUGCAAAAAUCACUCCGAGGUCAGAUAGGGAGUGUUUAUAUAAGUAAAGGAUAUACAGCUAUAAAGUUUUCUGGAUUUGAGAAACAUCCUGAUUGGGAUAAAGCGGAAAUCAAGAAUGAUAUUGGUGUGUUGAAGAUGGUUGAGCCUGUCAAUGAUUCGCGUGUCAGAAUAAUCAAAUUAGACUUCAAAUGGCUUGGAGGAGGAAAAAAAGUGACUAUUGCAGGUUGGGGAUCGUUACAACAUUUAGGGUCGAAUCCUGAUCGUCUCCAAUUACUUGAUGUAUAUACUCUGAGUUCUAAAGAGUGUGAGGAAGGUGUUAAUGAAGCGAAUCUACAGAAUAGGUCUUCGCCGCCUGUUGAUUCUUCUGUGGAAGUUUGUACUAUGCAUAGGAAUGGUGCUGGGCAAGGCAUGUGUCACGGAGACUCUGGGAGUGCUGUAAUGUCAAAUCCUGAACUUCGUGAGGACAUAUCUAUAAUGGGGAUAGUCUCUUGGGGAUUUCCUUGUGCGCUUGGACAUCCUGAUGUGCAUACGCGUCUUAGUGCGUAUGAGAGUUGGCUGAGGCCUAUUUUGGAGGCGGAUGGCGUUGUUAUUUAGGAAUAAUUGUUACAAAGUUGUCUAGUCAGUGAACACAGUGAUGCUAGUGAUCUUCGUCUUCAUAGGAAGUGUUAAAAUUUUUGUUAUUUACGUUGUUUGUAUUAUGAGUGUUUUUACUGUUAAUUGUUAAAGGUAAUUAUAAUAAAGAUCUCCAUUAAUGAACAAAUGUUAUAUGCUUAAUAUAACGCAUAGUAUAUAACUGACUUCAGUUCAGUUUCUCCAUCCAAUUCUUCUUGAGACUGGUGUGGGUGGUGGAUUUUAUUGGCAUAGGUGCUUACCAAAAGUGGCUUUCCAGCACAGAAAAGGUCCUUCCGCUUCAAGUCCAAUAGCGACCGAUAUCAGUGAUAUCACCUUUAUUGAAACAUGAGGGAACCCUUCUGGUCUGGAAAGACACAAAUGAUAAAUAAAGAC